AUGUCGGCAAGUCGUGUAGACCUGGGCGACUUAAUUGCGGUGGUGCACGACAAGUGGGCGACGAGCCGGGGCCUGCGGAAGUUUCGGCGUUACUUCUUCAGCCAAUGGCUGCCGUACAACCGUGCGUACGGUGGAACUGACGAUGUCCGCUUUUGGAAGUGGCACGUGUACCACAGUCCACCUGGCAGCUCGUACACCAACAAUCCAAAAGUGCGCUACAACUGCGAAUUGAAAGAUCCAUGUGCUGGCCGUAUCCAACGAAGUCGGGAUCAGACUUCCAGGGAUGAGUACACCGCCACGGCGUCUGACAAGCCGUACGAGACGUGCAGAUGCUGA